AUGGGAUCUUCGAGAAAGCCCACUUUUAGACAAAAGGCACAGGAUGCCGUUGGUCUUUUAUCAACUGAAAAGGUAUCUCGAUCGGCAAAAUUCUUCCAAGGUUGGUUUGCGAAUUUUUGGUCAAGAUUGAGUAUGCUCCUAUUCAGAAGACGUUCGAAUUUCUUACUGUUAUUGCUGAUUAUUGUAGGUGCAUUGGUCACCAGGGUCGCUGUUACGACACCACAACAUUUUGACCGUCUUUAUGGAAGCAAGUCUUUGCGUAAUACGGAUUUCGUCGAACGUAAGCCUGAGUUGUUGCAUGUAGAUAUCUCUGAGUUGCUCAAACGUCGUCAAUGGAGUAGUUCGCCAAUUACUGAGCGUAUGUUGAAUCAAGAGUAUCUCAGCGAAAAAGUAACUGGGUUCGUCUCGAACUUGGAUUUGAGUAAAUUGCUGACUAAGAAGGGCAAGAAAUCUGAGAAGGAACGCCAAAAGAUAGAAUCGAAAUUGAACCUGAACCAGUAUAAGGACCUGGCUACGUGUCCCGAUUUGGCUUACAUCUCCCAGGUCUACCACUCGAAGGAUAAGAUACUUUUAGAGGAUGAUUUGAAAGAAUGUAGACGUAAGCUAUUAGAAACCCCAAGUUUCCUAUGGACUGCAGUCAAGGAUGAGGAAGAUGAGAAAGAUAUGACGGAAAAUGAGGUUGUUCAAAAAAGAUGGUUCCAAUUCGGUACAUCUGCAGUUUGGUUAGAGAGUGAACAAUGUUAUUUGGCAUAUUCAAGAGUCAUCUAUUCAACUAUCGGUGUUAGAAGUCAACCUCGUGUGUCCUUGGUGAGAGGACAGGCAUUCGAUAAGAACUGGAAAGAGAUCAAGGGGAAGAGAAUCCCUUACGUUGACGUUCCAAUACCAGAUGAUAUGGAAGAAUCAUUGAAGAAAAUUGACCAUGAACUUGGUAUUAGAGAUUGUUCCGAUCUGCCUUCUGACUCUUCAGCUCACGAUACUUGUGUUGUUGAGAACGCUAAGAAUAGACUAGUUGCUCAAUCAAGGAAAGAACGUAUUCUUUCCAAGUACUACAUGACGUAUCCGGCAAUUGUGGACAUCCCAUUUGCUCCAGUAGGCGAAUGGAAGGGACCAGAAGAUCCACACGUUAUUCUCCGUAAGGCCAACGGUUACGAAGAACCAGUGAUUGUAUUCAACAUUUGGGACGAUGAGCUAUCCAGAAGAAUCAUGGUGACCCACAUGCCUCAAAGAAAGAUUGAUCCUUUAUUAAAGAUGAGCAUUCUAGGUCGCGAACAAAGAGGUGUCGAAAAGAACUGGACACCAUUUUUCCACAAGAAUCUAGGUGAGAGCUCAAUGUCUCGUGGUUUCAUUCAUUUCAUCUACAGCUUUAGUCCCUUAGAGAUCUUGAAGUGUUCGCUGAACGAUGGUUUCUGUGAGCUGGUCUUUGGGGCUGAAACCUUGCGGAUCAAGGAGGAAAACAGAUUUGGCGGUUUCAGAGGUGGCACACAGUUCGUUUCCCUACCAGAUGUCCUGCCCCAAAUCAAGGGUCAACAGAUCUGGGUCGGUUUCCCCAAGCAACACAUCGAGGGAUGCGGGUGCGCCGAUGCAUUCUACCGUCCAAUGUUCAGUAUCCUGGUCGAACACGACGGUGUCUACAGUCAGGAACUCUUGGUACCAGCUCUAGGUUUCAACAUCGACGUACUAUCAUGGGAUCUUACCGAUACAUACUGUGACGAAAAAAAUGUCAUCAGUCCAAACUCAAUCGCCCAAUGGGAUGUCAUCAGACAGGACACACACACAAAGCAGUACGAGGAUUACUUAACUUUAACCAUCUCAGAAUCAGAUAUAAACACCAGGGUCGUGACCUUGAAAGGUAUGCUAAACUAUAUUCUUGGAAUGUACAAGGAAAAGGAACUGCAAGAGAAAUUCGAGAUCAGCGAUGAAGCUGACGUGAUCAUCGGUCAAACACUAAAAUGUUUGAAAGAUUCCGCUUUCGAUUACUGUAAAGUCUACGGUGCAGACCAUAAGAAGCCUGAAGAAGAAAAGGAAGAGGAGGAAGAAAAUCAUGAAGAAGAAGAACAACACCCAGAAGAUAAAGAAAAUAAAGAAAAAGAAGAUGAUCAAGCGGCAGAGGGUGAAGACGAAGAUUAG